ACCCACUGCAGGAAAUACGCAAGAGCGGAGUAGCCGAGGCGCUGUCAAGGCCACCAGAUCUAAGAAAACAUCAACGUCACACUGGGAAGACAUUAUUGGUCGGAUGUAAAGCCAAAGUCGCAACAAGUUUAGAAGUCGUUUGAAUCGAGGAUGCACAAGAUGCCUGGUCAACGCAACGAUUUAAAGCACAGAAAGAGGAAGAACAUGUCUGAGGCCACAUACACUCAACAGGGUUCUGCCACAAGGAGGAAAUGCGUGACGAGUCAGAAGACGCACUCUGCAGCAGAGAGCAGCUCAGCAGGCGGUGACGCUGAAAGACUGUCACGUAUCAGCUGCGAGUGCCUCCAGCUCGCGGGCAGGCGGCGAUGCUCGGCAUCUCCUCUGCUGGACGGACAGGAGGGAAAGGAGAAUGCGCUCAGGUCGGCUCUUGUGUUGGACAACUGCGCAUGGUACGAUGUGCGGGGUGGGCUUGAGGCUGCUGAGGGCAUGGAUUGUGAAGAAACAGACAAAAACGUGUUCCCCGAUGACGACAGCAACCAGAUUCUUCCUGUGGAGCAGUUCUUUGGAAAUCUGGACGCUGUACAGGACUUUCCUCAGAGAACACCAGCGACUUCUUCCCAUCAUCAGAAGGAGCGCAGACGGCGGCAUUACUUUGCUCGGGAGGACAGUGACGAAAGUAAUGAGGAGGCACGCCUCGAAGGCAUGCCAAAAGAUGAUGGCAUCAGCACUAUGUGAAGACACUCACCUCUGAUGUACUUUUAAGCACUUAGCAAAAGCGGCCAAGAGAAAUGUAUUUUGUCAACUUGAUUGUCACAAGCAUCAAGGUAAUUUGAGUUUUUCUUUGGUGCUGCAGAUGACAUUUGAGGAAACAUCCCACUUUGAAAUGCAGUAUUACCUGCUAGCAAUUUAUUAGCGUUGUUGAGGAUGUUGAUGAGCGAAGCAACCUCAAGACACAAGACAAGCCAACUUGGAUAACUGCUGUCAGUUGUAACAAACCCAAUCAUUGGUGAUCACUAAGAUGUUAUUUGUGAAUAUUUAACUUCAUUCCCCCACAAUUCAACUCUAUAAUCAAUGACGUAGCAACACACACGUCCACAACACCGCACAGUGUGAAUGUUGAAAUGUUACUCAUUCAGGUUACCUAAGAUAAAAAUGCGUUUUAUUCAAAGUGGUGUCAUAAUAUAUUGAAGGUGCUAUUUUUAAGAAAUUGUCAUGCCACGUAAAUGAAAAAGUUUUAGGUUCAGAUUGAAGUCCUUAUAAGCAAUAAAAUGACACCUUUGCAUCACACCAGUAGCCAAACUGAGAUUGUUGAAAAUGUAAUGCAGGAUGAUGCAACGUGAACCAGGCAUCAUAUCAAACAACCACACCAAGAAUCUAUUGAAAAUGAGCAUUUAUUAUUUGAAAUUGUUUUUUCAUUAUAUUUAGGCAGCUUUAACUGUACAUCUUUGUAUAUCAAAUGAUAUUUCUUCAUGUAUAUCUCAUGACACAUUGUUAACCCUCCAAAAAGUCACUCAAAAAAGUUAACUUGUGAUCAAGUCAUCUCUGAGCUUCAUAGCUGUUGAAGACAGUGUCUCGAGCAGAUUGAUCAGGACAUCUACAUGUUUUGUAUAUUUAUACUUUUUUUACUCCAUGCCUUAUUCAUGGUGAAUGUUUUUCAUAUUGUACUAUGCAACGUUCAGACUGAGUGAUUGUCAAACUCAGCAGUCAUUGUAAACAUUUAAUCCAGUAAACAUUACUGUGCCAAGACUAA